AUGACGCCCAGAGCAAGCAAGCACGGGGCCCUGACCUUGAAGUACCCCAUCGGGAAUGGCAUCGUGAACAACUGGGACGAUAUGGGGGAGAUCUGGCACCAUACCUUCGACAACGAGCUCCGAGUGCCUCCAGAGGGGUACCCUCUGCCCUUCAUGGAGGCACCCGUGGACCCGAAGGCGAAUCGCGAGCGCAUGCCGCAGAUCAUGGUAGAGACUCUAAACGUGCCGGCGAUGUACGUCGCGAUCCAAGCAGUGUUCUCGCUGUACGCUUCAGUCCGCACCACUGGGAUGGUCAUGGGUUCCAGCGACGGCGCGUCACACGUGUCGCACACCGUACCCAUCUAUGAGGGCUAUGCGUUGCCGCAUGCGAUCUUGCGCCUGGAUCUGGCGGUGCGGGACCCUACGGAGCACUGGGUGAAAAUCCUCACCGAGCGUUGCUACUCGUUCAUCACCAUGGCAGGGCGACAGAUCGUGCGCGACGUCAAGGGAAAAGCUUUGCUACAUCCCGUUCGACUUCGACUCAGAGAUGAAGGCCGCCAUUGCGAGUUCCGACAAGGAGAAGACGCACGAGCUCUCCGACGGGAACAUAACCAUGGGCAGCGAGCGCUUCCGCUGCCCAGAGGUUCUCUUCCAGACUACGUUCCUGGGAAAGGAAACAGCGGCAUCCCCGACACCACGUUCCAGUCGAUAUGA